AUGGAUAUUUUGGAUCUACUGAAGAAGAAGAUAAUCGAAGAUGUCUUUGAGGUUCACCUGGAUGCAGAGUGGAGUGUUCUUGUGUAUGACAGCUAUGGAGCAAGUAUUUUGAAGAACUUUUUUGUGAAGUCUGAGUUCAUCAGUCACAACAUAGUGAUUUCUCAAAGAAUUGAAGAGCAUAGAGAACGAGUGGACUUUCCUGUGAUAUACUUUGUGAGAGGAGAUGAGAAUGUUGUAGAGAUGAUAAAUAAGGACUUUGGAAGCAGGCUGUAUCCAUCUUAUGCUGCUUGUGUGCUAUCGGAAUGCCAGGGUCUCCAGCCACUGGUCAAGGUGAAAAGGGUGGAUGUAGAUUUUGUUCCUUUUGAACAAAAGGUUUUUAAGGCAGAUCCAAAGCAGCUGUAUUCUGUGGCCAGGACUUUGAAUACAGUCUUCAAUGUGAGCUACUCAGGGUCUGUAUGUAGAGGACUUGGAGAGAUGGUUGAGAAGAUGAUGGGAGAUGAAGAGAGGAAGGGAGAGCUUAUAAUAUUGGAUAGGAGCAUCGACCUCUUUACUCCACUUCUUCAUUUCUUCACUUUUAGAACGAUGCUUGAGGAUCUCGAGAUAGAGAACAUGGAGGUAUUUGAAAAGAAGUAUAUGGGAGACAAGAUAUGGGAGAGUGUCAAGAAUGCGCAUCUUGGGGAAGUGAAUUCUAUCUUAAGGAAUCACGCGCACAUGCUAUCGAAGGUGGCACAAAAGUUAGAUACAAAGGUAGAUAACAAAGGCCUGAUGAAAAUGGUCCUUGAAGCCCCUGCUGCAGCAAAAACUAAAGAGAGCUUGAGUAAGAUUCUCGCCUUGGCACAGAAAUGCUAUGACAGAUUUGAUUAUCUUUCCAGAUUCAACGAAAUUGAGCAGCUGCUUGCAACUGGGUAUGACAAGUCCGGAGGCAAAUGGAGCAUGAAGGUUGACGAGGUAUUUGAGUAUCUCAAGAGUAGUGGGAUUGAGAGACCUGAUAAGAUUAGGAUCCUAUUGUUACUCAAGGCAAAUGGCUAUCAAUUACAAGAAAAUGAGGUGGGCCUUCUUAAAAGCAUAGGGUUUAAGGAUGAGGAGAUUGAUGUUUCUUUUGACAAUCACGAGAACUUUAUACCUCUUCGAGGUCCGGGAAGCAAUAAGUAUGAGGUCAGCAGAUAUGAGCCUGUGCUGGCCAAUGUCCUGAGAAGCUUUAUUGGAAAGCAAAAGGGCCAUCUCCAAAUAAAUAGGUUGACAAGUAGCAGAAUACAUCUGAAGUCCUUAAGGAAAAGCCAUCUCCUAUCAGUGAAGAAGGAUAUUUCUUAUCAAAAGUUAUACUGUGUCUAUAUAACCGGAGGAAUAACAUUUGAAGAAAUAAGGGUUGCUUAUGAGAUCGGGGAGAGCCUCGGUGUAGAGAUUAUAGUUGGAUCUGACAAUAUUAUAACACCCAGAUCUUAUGUGGAACAGCUGAAGUCCAAAUGCACUCGAGCAAGUUGA